AUGGAGUGUGAAGGAUGUUUCACACUUAAUCGAGACAGUAAUUCAAAUAAUUGCCAAGAUAAGAACAUUGCAAAAUGUAUCAGAAUGGCAGAAAUUAGGUCCGAGAUACCUCCACCUCCAAAAGCAUUUUCACCAUUAUACAAUCCGCGUGAAUCGGAUAUAAAAUGUGAAUUGUGCUCAAAACCAGCUCAUUUGCAAUGUUCUGUUUGUAAAGUUACCUACUACUGUUCUAUAAACCACCAAAAAGUUGACUGGGUUGGCAUCCACGACCAAAUAUGUACUCUCUUACAGUGGAUACGUCAACCUUCAACAGUGACUUGUCCUGAAGAAGAACGCCGAAAGAAGAUGGAAGAAAUUCAGAGCGCCAGAAUGAAAAUGGUAGAGCUGGCAAGAACAACAGCGAUGAGACUCCUUUUUAAUGGAAAUUAUGAAACUGCUCUUUCUGCUGCUCUGCAGUGUCUGAAGUUUUCUUCUGAACUCUAUGGCACUUCAAGCGCUGAGCUGGUUAUUCCUUAUCUCUUAAUAGCUGAAGCAUAUAUAGGCCUUAAGCAACUAGAAGAAUCAGAAUCUUAUCUUGCUCAGGCUCAGUGGAUUAUGUUCAAGACAGAACACGAAUGUUCGGAUGCCAUACGUUCAGCGGUUCAGAGGAAACUAGGAUUGCUUUUGGCUGCUAAAGGCGAAUAUUCACUGGCCCUGGAAUGCCUUGCUCAAGAUGUUUAUUACUCCUCCUGUGCAUUUGGAGCAAGCCACAUCCGAACUGCUGGGGGUUAUUUUCAAAUGGCUGAGGUGUAUUAUAGCCUCUACCAAUGCGAGAAGGAACCACCGAAUGAAGAGAACACAGCCGCCGCUUGCCCGAGGGGUAUGAUAAAUCCUUCAGCAACCCAACAGAUACCGGGUUUCGACUCAUGUCGACCAAUGCCACCAGCCCUGCCAAUAAAAAAGCAUGACUCAUGUGAAGAUAUCUCCUUGUCUUCAAGCUCACCUCUAUUUCUUUCACACAUCUACAAGAAACCGUCAGUGUUGAAAAAGCCUGCUAAAAAAGAUCGAGUUGCCGAUGAUCUCUAUUCGAGGGUGGUACAUAUCUGGGCUAAUCACCUGUUUUUAAUCAUUUCAACCAAGUAUCGAAUACCCAGUGUACCCGCAGAAUGUGGACCAGAAUUUGAUGAGUUGAAACCUGUUGAAGAAAAGGAACUUGAUCCGACGGAUGCAGCGGAAGCCAAGAAGGUGCUGACAGCGAUAAACAAAUAUCGCGCGCACAGAGCCACAUGGGAUCGGGUGGAAUUCAACAACUCAACUGCCGGACGUCCAGAUCCAAGAGCUCGACUUCUGCUGGCACUCUCAAUGCUCUUCUGGCUUAUUGAUGAACAACUUAAGGCACGUCAGUACUACGACGAUGCAGUCGUAGCGGUGGCUAAAGCAGAAAAGAGCACGAAACUGCAAUUGGAGUUGGAUUUUCUUAAAGCCUUAUUUGAACAACAACCACCGAAAAUCAAACCUUGA